GACUUGAAUUCGCAGCCGUUCUAGGGCGCCGCCAUUUUCUCGCGACGGUGGCGCCGCGAUGCGAGCUCUGGCUGUGGACUGCGGGCAACGCGAAUCGCUGCACUGGCGGAAGCAGGAGCGGUGGCAAUGAAUUCCUCUUCAAGCGGACCGUUGACGCUUAAAAUUGGCGACCGUGUUCUGCCGCAUCCUCUUUCCCUCGCGGCCAACGAAUGGAAAGACGAUAUGAAACUCUGGCCCUCCCUGCAGGAAAACCACAUUACGUAUUAUCUGCUGAAAACAAAAGCCUGCGACCUGGAGGACGUCCAAGCCAUCAAGAGCUUAGACUCAUAUAACUACGUAAUAAGCGGUAAAGUGGGUCAGCUCCUCGUUUGCCAGGCUGACAAAGGGACAUGCUUCAUAAAAGGGAAAGUCUCUCCUUCGCAAGCUGACUCUGACCGGCCAUAUGAAACAUGGGUUUGCAUAGGAAAUGAUUGCCGUAUCUGGACCGGGUCGUGCUCCUGCAAGGUCGGAUUGACGACCGUGUGCAGCCACGUAGGGGCAGUACUAUGGAAGAUCGAAUUCGCCAGCCGAAAAGGUCUGACCGGGGAGAGCUGCACUGACAGGAGUGCAAAGUGGAACCAGGGCACGAAGAGGAAUGUUACACCAGCACAGAUAGAUGCCAUGGACUUUAGGCUACGAAAGGAAUUCAACGACCUGCAGCAUGAAGGGAAGAAGCUUACUACAAAGCGAUAUGAGACUCACGAGCAAUAUGUGGGAGAGAUGCAGCAGUCCACAAUAGCACCCCUUCUUGACAUAAAAGGGAGUCUCCUCCACCAGGCUGUAACUGCAAAAAUCUCCACUAGUGUGCAUGCUAAAAAUAAUCUUACGGAAACCGUGCCCAAGCUCACUCAUGGUUCACAUGAGGACGAAGACGACCUGUUGGUGUGCGAGACAUGCUCAGACUUCUACAGCAAAUGGGUAAACAUUAAAGAACCCGUUAGGUUAAGACUCAUGGAGCUCACACGCCAGCAGACUGGAAAGCUUUGGGAAGCUAGCCGUAAGUUGCGUCUCACCGCUUCCAAUGUGUCGAAAGUUCCAAGGAAAAAAGACACUCCGCCAGAUAAUUUCGUCAAGUCAUGCCUUUUCAGUCAGUUUAGGGGCAACAAGGCAACAAGUCAUGGGCAAAGGUUUGAGCCUGUUGCCAGACGGAUGUUUGAAAAUCAAAACGGUGUCCAUGUUGAACGUUGUGGCACAGUUGUUAGCGCCACACACCCAUUUCUUUCGGCAAGCCCAGAUGGCUUAGUUGGGACACAGAGCAUAUUAGAAAUUAAGUGCCCAAUCGUAGAUGAUUGCCUGCAGCUUGUAGACUCCAACAAAUAUGAUCUCAAAAAAGACUCGAACGGAGCUUACUACCUGGAUAAAAAAGGAAAAAAUGGCUACUACUACCAGGUGCAGUUCAUUAUGUUUUGCACAGAGCGUACACACUGCUAUUUUUAUGUCUGGUCAGCCAUGAAUUCUGUCUUAGUUGAAGUGCCCUUUGAUGCAGACUUUGUUUGCCUUCACAUUUCAAGGCUGUCAGAAUUCUACUUCAGGCAGUAUUUGCCAAGGCUUGUUAAUGCUGUUCACAGCAACAGCUUAGACAUAUCUGAAUACAAGGAUGCUGUACUCGCGAAAUAAACUGAAAAUAUGCGCUGUGAAAAAUUGAAAUAAUUUUAUUUUGGCAAUGUUUUUUCAAUAAAGCAUACACUGUAAUCACAUCCUGGUUUAAACAAAUUUGUUGAUGUAAGCAAAUAUCACUGCAGCAAGGGAUGCAUAACUACUAUGUCUGAAAGCAUACAAAUGUUACCUCAAGCAUUCAUGGGAGUACGCUUGAGGCUGCAGAAAGAAAGUUCCAGAGGUUUUGUUAUGCAUCUCAAUCACCAAAUGUGUGCAAUGUUUAACAUAUGACAGUGCAAUGCAACAAAAUGGGUAGAAUAUUGGACCAGUCCAUCCAGUCUCGUUUCACGGCACCGGAAGUGUCUACAUGCUUGCCCUUUUGCACGUCACACUGUAAUAUUGCUCUAGGUGUGGUCUAGUUCAUUCUCACUUUCCGCUUCCUCGUCUUUUUCAACUUUUGGGUCUGCUAUAAGUGGCCCUUUCAG